CAGACAUACGAUCAGCUGUUUAAAAAGAUUGAAUUAGUACAUAUGUACAAAUCAAAUUUACAAGUUAAAAAAUAGAUAUGCCAACAGAAUCGUAUUUGGAAUUAUCCAAAAAUCCUAUUAGAUUUGAAGCUUUGCUAAACAAAUUCAAUAAUGUAUUUUUUGACGAAGCGAAUAAACAGAUCUUUGUUGUACGUUCGGGUGGCGUUAUGGGUGUAUCAGUCAAAGGUCCUGACCCAGAUACAAAUUUAAAUUUUCGCCUGGAAGACCAUGCACCAAUAAUAUCAAUAAAAUUUUCACCAGACCGUCAUAUUUUGGCCGUACAACGUUCACAAACAUCCGUUGAAUUUGCUAAUUAUAAUGGUGAUGGAUCGUUAAGUGCAGAAUAUUCACAAAGUUGUCGAAAGGGUAGUAAAAUGCUAGGAUUCAUUUGGACAGGCCCAAGUUAUGUAGCUUUUAUUACGGAUAAUGGUGUAGAACCCUUUCAAGUUUUACAUGAACGACGAUCUGUAAAAGCUUUAAAAGCUAUUACAGCUACGGCUGAUUGGUUUAAAUGGAAUGCUGAUUGUAAUUUAGCUAUUUUGUCAUCAGGUCAAGGAACUCAACUGCAACCAAUUAGUUUUAAAUCUGGAACGGCUACGAAGUUGGCUAAAAUUGAACUCGGGACAGGCCGUAGUGCUGCUGAUCGUGAUGUGACAUUAGCACUAUUAAGAGGUUCACCAGCUGUAAUAUUACUUUGCCAUGGAUUAGGUGGAAAUAAUUGUGCAGAAGUAUUAGUAUAUCAAUCACCAGAUUCUGGAUCACCUAUGAAAAUAUCACAUUUUUUACGUUUGGGCUAUUCUGGAAAAUUUUUAAUUAAUGUGUUAGAUGAUUUAAUUAUUGUACAUCAUCAAGCAUCUAAAACAUCUUCAUUGUUUGACAUUUCAUUGCCUGGUGAUGGUGAAGGACAUCAUUUACCGAUUGCAACGCCAAAAUCCUUUAGUCCCUUCGAAUUAGAAUUACCUGAUAAAACAUAUGUGUGCGAACUAUAUACACCAAGUUGGACUGUAUUUCAACCAAAUAUUAUAAUUGAUGCAAAAUUGGGAUGCCUUUGGUAUAUUGAAUUACGAUUAGAAUCAUUAGCAUCACAUAUAUCCGAUAUCGAAACAUGUGUACAAGUGUUACGUCGACGAUGGGGUGGCAAAGGUGUAUUAUUACGUGUAUUACACAAUGUUAUUUCCGAAAAUAAUCCAAAAGCGGCCAAAGCACUUGAAAUUGCCGCAUCACUCGAACCUGGUUGCAUACCACUUGAACAAGAUGAUAUUUACAAAAACGUAUUAUCUGGCUUAGAACCUGAACCAUCACUUUUAGUUGCCUAUAUUCGUGCAUUAGCGCGUCGUAAACAACAACCUCAACAUCAAUUAAGUCGGCUAUUAGUUACAACCUUAGUCCGACGUGGAAAAAUGUCUGAUUUACAUCAGCUGAUUAGACACGGUGCUGUAGCUGAUAGUAAACCAUUAGCGUGUUUAUUGCUCUCACUAGGAAAUGUUCAUGAAGGAUCGACCCAGUUAGCUUUAGAUAUGUUAGCAAGAUUGGGGGCAGUUUCAGAAAUCCAUGAAGUCUUGUUUGGACAAGAUGCUGUACUAGCUGCUGCUCAUCUAUCACCCCCACCACCACCAAGAAAACUUUUAGAUGCUGCGAAACAAGAUCCUACUUUAUUUCAUGCCUUAUAUCGUAAUCAUCGAUCAAAUAUUCCACAAGAUCAUCGACUACUAUUUGAUAAAAUUUAUUCAAAAAUGUUUGCGAUGAUUAUUUUAGAAGAUACACGACUUUAA